AUGGCCGCCACCCGCUCGGUCGCGAGGCUAUUCGCCUACCGUCGGCCGACCCCCUUCGGAUUGCUGGGCUCAACCGCAAACUUCUCUUCCUCGACGUACCGCGCAGCAACCCCAGCGGGACCCCCUCAGGCCGGGUUCCGCCUGCCCCCGCCCAAGCGCUGGGAUCAGGACUCCGAGUCCGCCUUGGACAAGGCCAGCAAAUACUUCCUCAUGGCAGAGAUCUUCCGCGGCAUGUACGUGGUGCUCGAGCAGUUUUUCAGACCACCUUACACUAUCUUCUACCCCUUCGAGAAGGGUCCUAUCUCCCCCGUUUCCGUGCUCUGUGAGGCCGUCUGCCCUGCCCAGGCUAUUACCAUUGAGGCUGAAGAGCGUGAAGACGGAAGCCGCCGGACGACCCGUUACGAUAUUGAUAUGACCAAGUGCAUCUACUGUGGCUACUGCCAGGAGAGCUGCCCUGUGGAUGCCAUCGUUGAGACUUCCAACGCCGAGUAUGCCACUGAGACCCGCGAGGAGCUUCUGUACAACAAGGAGAAGCUCCUCUCCAACGGUGACAAGUGGGAGCCUGAGAUUGCUGCUGCUGCUCGUGCAGAUUCUCCCUACCGAUAA